AUGGAAGAUUGUGGCUCCUUCAUCUCAACAUGGACCGAGAUGGGUCUCUCUAUGAACCAAGAGAACAUCAUCCACUCCUACAAUACGAUCGCUGAGAGAAUCGUCACAAAUACCUGGGACGAGACAUCACACCCAGUUACCCUCGCUUGCUUCCUAUCGCUCCAAGCGUUGUUCUCGUCCAAAGUGGACAUCACCAACACUCGCAACAGCAAAGGCCAGACCCGUUUCCAUAUUGCUGCUCAUUACAACAUUGACAUUGUUUCCAUCUUGAUCAAUCGUAACACAGAUGUCAAUGCAAGACGCAACGAUGGCCAGAAAAUUUGGGCUUUGGUUUGCUGCUUUGAGUAG